AUGGCCUCUGAGAACUUGUCACACUCCAUCGUGGGACUGGGCAACCCGCUGCUCGAUAUCUUGGCCGAUGUGACGCCCGAGUUCCUGACCAAAUACGGUCUUAAGCUGGACAACGCAAUCCUGGCGGACGAGAGCCACGCCCCCAUGUUUGAGGAGCUGCAGACGCUUAAGCCCGAGUUUGUGGCUGGUGGCGCCACGCAGAACUCCAUCCGCGUGGCUCAGUGGAUGCUCAACAAGCACAACAAGAGUGCUACGUCGUUCUUCGGCUCUGUGGGCAAGGACGCGCACGGCGCUAAACUCAAAGAGUGCGCUCAGGCCGAUGGCGUCAACGUCUCGUAUCUUGAUAACGCCGACAUUAAGACGGGCACGUGCGCCGUGUGCGUCCACCAAUCGGAGCGCUCGCUUGUUGCUGACUUGUCGGCCGCCAACCACUUCCACCACGAUCACUUGGCCAAGCCUGAGAACCAGGAGAUCAUCAACAAGGGUCAGUUCUUCUACUCGGCUGGUUUCCAUCUCACGGUCUCCCCCACCGCCGUCAUGACGCUGGCCAAGCACACCAAGGAGAACAACAAGACGUUCCUUGUCAACCUCUCGGCGCCUUUCAUCGUCGAGUUCUUUAAGGACCCCCUUAUGGCUGCCAUCCCGUACGCCGACUUUGUUUUCGGUAACGAGAGCGAGGCCAAGACUCUCGGCAAGGUGCAGGGCUGGGGCGAGGACAUCAAGGAGAUUGCCCUCAAGACUUCGCAGCUGGAGAAGGCCAGUGGCUCGCGUUGCCGCACUGUUGUCUUCACCCAGGGCGCCGACCCCACGGUCGUUGUGCAUCAGGGCAAGGUCUACACUUUCGACGUGCCCAAGAUGGCUGCCUCAUCGAUCGUCGACACGAACGGUGCCGGUGACGCUUUCGUUGGUGGCUUCAUUUCCCGCUUGGCUAUGGGUCUUCCCCUUGAGCAGUGCGUGAACGCUGGCCACUGGGCUGCUCAGGUUGUGCUCACCCGCUCGGGCUGCACGUUCCCGGAGAAGUGCGAGUUCCAGGGCUAA